GCUGCCACUUCUUGAUUAUUUGCCAUUCGCAUUUUACGCUAUCAUUCGAGAUUAACUUUUCAAUUAAUAAUUUUAUAAUGCCACCAGUUGCUGCUAAGCCAUGUGAAUCAACCCUAAGAUUGCCGUUUGAGACGCCACGCUUAGCCGAAAUCGCCUAUCGUGUCUUGAGUGUUGACAAGGAGCCUCGCCGAAAUUUUGUCCAGAAAACGCUGAGCUUGGAAAGGGACGUUGUGGUUGUGCAUUUCUGUGCUGACCAAGUGAAGAAUCUGCGCACGGCCAUUAGUUCGUUCUUCGAGGCGCUGCUGCUCUGCCAGGACACCAUCAAGCAGUUUGAGGACCCAACAUCAGCGGAACCAGAGGCGCCACAGCAAGACAAUGCCGGAGCACAGUCCAGCUCCGACUCCGCAUAGAGCCAUCUAUGGC